UAAUGUAGCUAAAAGUGUUUAAUGUUAACAAGGAUAGCUCAAAUUACAAGUGCUAUCGACGUCCAGAGACAACCAGUUGAAAUAACAGUUUGCGAAGCACUGUCGUUUCAUACAGAUUUCAAGAGCAGCGGCCUCAACAGUUUCAGACGCCAUUGAGAGUGCCGAUAUCAAUAGCUUAUUAUUAAAUAAAUCGAUAGGUUUGCGUAAGCGCAGCCAACUUAACAUAAAAAUGUAGCUGCGAAGAAGUAGAAAAAUCGUAUAUGAACAAGGAGUAAAAGUUGAAAAUAAACAUAGAAAUAUCGAAAAAACCACGAACUGAAAACGCUCCACAAGUUCCAACUAGAGAGACGAGAAUUGUACAUUAACUUCAACUCGAUACACAUUUGAUAAACACACACACAUACAAGCACACACGGAGUUGCAUCAGCAUGCCCGAUUCCGGCGACUGCAGCGAUGCAGAGAUGAAUCAGCCGUCUUGCAGCAGGAAGACGGCACAGUGUAAUAAUGAUCGCGAUCGCGACAAGAGGAAACGUCGCAUCAUCAUGCGCAUCGAAUUCAAUGAUUCCGAUGACACGGACGCCGAUGAAAAUGUUGCUACCCCUUCCGCCGUCGCCGCCGCUUCAUCUAUGAGUGUGGGCAUUGACCUUGAUAUGCUGCCAAAAUGCUCUGCGGUGCCACAACGCCGCAGUGAACGCUCCAAUCGCCAGCAACUGCCACCUUCAAGGAUAUCGGGUCGCCAGCUCCGAAGACGGCCAGAUUCAAAUCGUCUUCCAGCCGACAAUGAGCCGUCAUCGUCCAGCGGCAGUGAGAUCGAUCAGCGCGCUGCGAGAAAAAAGGAACGUGAAAAGAAGCGAAUGAAAUUGAUCAUUUCCGAGGACGAGUCUAGCGAAGUAGAAGCAACUGCAGCCGCAGCAAGAGCAGACGGUGCAUCCAAUGAUAUUAAACGAACAGAUGCUCAAGCUGAACUCGCGGACGGCUUCAGCACGGACAGCAGCAGCAGCAGUCACAGCAGCACCAGCAGCAGCAACGAGCUGCUCGAGAAAUGUCCCAUUUGCCUGUUGACGUUCCGGCAGCAGGAGAUCGGUAGACCCGUGACAUGCGAGCACAUCUUCUGCGCCGCCUGCAUCGAGGCAUGGGCGAACAAUGUACAAACCUGCCCCAUCGAUCGAAUUGCCUUCGAUCGCAUUAUUGUCCUGGACAAUGUCGAGCGACGCCAGAAUGUGCGUGAGAUUCGCAUGGAUGCGAACCAGCCGCGGAAGGAGCUGUUGCUAGAGGAUGACGAAGAUGUUGUGGUCGUCGAUGAUGAGGAUUACACCAAUUGUCAGAUAUGCCAGAGUACGGAUCGCGAGGACAUUAUGCUGCUCUGCGAUAGCUGCAAUCAGGGCUAUCACAUGGAUUGUCUGGAACCGGCACUGGAUAUAAUACCAGCCGGUUCGUGGUACUGUGACAAUUGCAUUGAUUCCGCGGACGAGGCCGAGGAUGAGGACCUGGAACUUGCCGAGGAUCUGCACACACUGUACGAGGAUAUACGUGGCAUGGGUCUGCCCGAGACGCGUCUGCGUGUGCGGCAAGUGCAACAGCCGCGCAUUUUGCGCACACGGCAAAAUGAACGGAUACGGGCAGCCGUUUUGAGGCACACCCAAACUACCAGCUCCUCCACCUCCUCGUCCACAACAAUGACGCAAACGCGGCAAACGACAAGGCGCACCGGUCGAACAACAACGCGUACCACACGCACCCGAACAAGAACCCGUACCCGAACCAGAACGACGACAACAACGCGACGCAGUCGACGCCAACAUCGCACCUAUGUGGUCGAAUACGAUCUCAACAAUUUCGAUGAGAAGUUUGCGGUUAAGACGAGCAAAAAGGUCAUACGACGACGUCGACGUCGCAGGCGAAAGCCAAUUAGCGGCAGCAAUGUUGUCAGCGACGGUGUUCGUCUGUCGGCCAGCCAACGUUUAGCUGAGCAGUUGGGCGUCAAACGGGACGAAGUGCAUCGGACGCACUUGGGCGGCGGCAGCGCAUCCAGUUUUACGCUCUUUGGCAAUUGCAACGAUUUGGACUAUUUCUCCGACAGCGACGAUGCUGAUGGUGUCCAACAAGGCGAUGGGGACGGUGCUGGAGCUGCGACAGCUGUUCAAACAGCGAUACGUAUGCCGCGCAUUGGUGCGACGCGUCAGCGAAAAGCGUUGCUACUGGGCAAAGCCAGAACAGCGGGUGUGACGACGACGAUGCCGCCAACGACGACGAGUGAUAUUCUGUCCAGUAUAUUGGAGCUGCAGGAUCGUUGGCACAAUGCGUCGCGUAAUCUGAGCGAUGUGCACAUCAAUGCCGAUGGCACACUCGAUUUGCCGGCAAAGCAAGCGAACGACACAGCCACACAUAUCACACAGGCACCGCUCUAUCAGCGCGGUGGUGCAGCGCCCAAUUUUGGACGUGGUGGUGCUGCUGCUGGUGGCAACUACAACAACCGCUACAGCAACAAUAGCAACAACAGCAACAGCUAUCGUGGCGGAGGCGGUGCAGCUGGCUCAGCUGGUUCGGGUGGUGCUGUUGGCGGUGGCGGGGGCGGUGCUAAUCCUUAUCAGCGUGACAGUAAUAAUGCUGCCGAUAACAGUUUCAACAGUCCAAACUUCAAUAGUAACAACAACGCGCCAACAAACACAAAUUUUACGCCCUUCAACAUACGCUUCAAUUCACCCAAUCCACAACAGCAACAACAACAACGCAAUCGAAAUCUUCAACAGACAACCCGCCAAUCAGAAUAUUCCAGCGGUGCAACUCCAUCGCCAAGUGGGUCUAGCAGCAGCAGCUUCCUCAUUCCUCCGCAGCAGCAGCAAGCAGCACAGCGACAACUUUUCGCUGGUCUACCAGCGCCGAUAAAUGCCCCCGUUUUGGGUGCACGGCUCUCGAUGCCACCGGUUUUAACUGUGCCACCGCCACCGGCACCGCCGCCCAGCUUAUCCUGGAAUAGUUCAUUGUUUAAGCUAAACACCGACUAUGGGAACAAAACCAAUACUGCUGACAAAGAGGAUCACGACGACGACGAUGACAAUUGUCCGAAUUUCUCAAUAUACUCACAAGAGUCGCAGGCGGUUGCCACCGAACUAUUCGCGCAACCCCAACCAGCCGCCAGGAGCUCCGAUAAGGUAUCAAAUCAAACGAGGAGCACGGUAAACUCUAUGAUGAUGUGCCUAAUUCAGCAGUCGAUUUACAAGUCAAAGAUCGGUUUAUACGCAAGCUAAAUCGCCAGGAACGGGUUGUUGAGGAAGUGAAAUUAGUGCUGAAACCACAUUUCAAUAAGAAAGUUAU